CGCUCGCUCGAGUGGAGUGCGCGGUGGAGCCCGCAGUCGAUCUCGCGGUCUGGACAAGUGCGUACCCAAGAAUCGAGGUUCCAAGACCGCGUCGGAGCGACAGGACGACGUGUGCGCAUCGGCCCGCCGCGGCGGCGACGUUACCCCUGAGGGCCGCAUGCCAUGGAUGGGACGCGGCACGCAGCGAACGGCGUCGCCCUUCAUCAAAAGGGCCAAGGCCUCCGCUGGCGGGUCGCCCGUCGGACACUCGCUCUGAUUGACGGCGACACCACCAGUUGAGCGCUCUUCAUGCCUGCGGCCGUCGUCUCACCGCCAUCGCAGCGAUCAGAGCAGCUCUCCACCGCCGGCAUUCUAGACGUCGUCGCAGCCAGAGCCACGCCGAGGGCAACGGCGAGGCCAUCAACCGCUUCGGGGACCAAGGUGCUGACUGUUACGCUCGCUAGCCGGAUGCGCACCCUCGGGCGAGAGCCCUUUUUCCCGUUCGGAUCGUGGGCUUGUCUGACGAGAGAACAACUGCAUUCUAAUGCAUGUACCGGUGAAGAGGCAGGGCUGUGCGGGAUGCGCUUUUUCCAUUCACCGACCCAUGGACGCAUGGCUGGCGACAUGGCUUUCCGUGGCCAUGGCGCCGUCGUAAGUCGGUGCGACGACCACCCCACAAAACCCUCCCCAACGGCUGCCAGACGGUCCGGUUCAGUGCGACCACCCCACCGAAAAUUCCCUGGUUUCUCCACAGUACUGUGGAUUCGUUGGUUGUCUAGAACUCGGUGGGACAUCUAGGCUUCCCCACGAGGUCUGUGAUUCAGUUUGACCUUCACAGCAAGCCACGCUCAAUACCAACGUCCCAUGACCCAACUGUCCAGGGUGUUGCAUGGCCCAAUGCCUAAGAGCGGUGCGCCAUCUGCCGCCACCCAGGCCAAC